AUGAGAGUCAGCCAUUGUACAGCAGACCUUGCAUUCCACUUUCCACGCAACACACGGGCGUCUCAGCUGAACAUUCAAAGUUUCUUCCGGAAUUCAAGCCGCCAACAUGCGGUCCUUUUUGCUCUUUCACCCUUCCUGUUCUCUGCAGUGAGAGCUUUGCCUCAAGCAACUGGCUCUCCCACCUCUCCGGCUCCCACUACGGCUCCCCCUGCGACCACGGCAGCAGCACGCGGUAAUCCCUUUGAAGGACAUCAGCUCUUUGCGAAUCCUUACUAUGCGUCCGAGGUUGAGAAUCUUGCCAUUCCCUCCUUGACAGGCUCUCUAAAGCAAGCGCCGUUGCGAAAGGACACCGCCGCCAAAGUCCCGAAAAUGGGUGAAUACCUCAAGGACAUCAAAGCCCUGAACGAUGCAGGAGCAAGCCCUCCAAUUGCUGGGAUUUUCGUUGUCUACAACCUUCCGGACCGUGACUGCACUGCCUUGGCCAGCAAUGGAGAUUUAGUCAUUGCAGAUGGUGGCGUUGAGAAGUACAAGGCCUACAUCGAUUCCAUCCGCGAGCACAUCAACAGCUAUCCUGAUACCCAGAUUAUCCUCGUCAUUGGUGAGUCCGCUCCGUUACCGAUGAAUACCCUUCGUGCUCGAUCCAUGGCGUGUCCCUCUUACACCCAAGGGAAUGCUGUCUGCGACGAGAAGAGCCAUAUCAACAACUUCGCCCCACAGCUGGCCAGCGCUGGAUUCGACGCUCAUUUCAUAGUCGAUACCGGCCGCAACGGAAAGCAGCCCACUGGACAGCUUGCCUGGGGUGACUGGUGCAAUGUGAUUGGCACUGGCUUCGGUGCCCGGCCUACCACUGACACAGGAGACGAGUUGGUGGAUGCUUUCGUCUGGGUUAAGCCCGGUGGUGAGAGUGAUGGUACUUCGGACACGUCUGCUAAACGCUACGAUGCGCACUGUGGACUCGAGGACGCUCUCAGACCAGCCCCUGAAGCCGGCACCUGGUUUCAAGGCAACUCCACCCAAUUUUUGUGCUGUACUAACGUGUAG